AUGGCAGCAUGGUUGGACCUUGUUUCAGACGCCGAAGGCUGGUCCCUGGUGGACACUGGCCGGUUCGAGGAACUCGUACAGGGAAUGAGCCACGCCAAGGAACAGUAUCCAUCCUUGAUCUACUUUGCGGGAAAUGGUGCACGCAUCAACGCGCUUCGGGCCCUUUUCCCCCACAACAACGUUACACGUAAAGGACCAUCCGGAUUAGCCCGGCUCCACAUCAGCACGUCGACGGCUCACACCCAAAACCCUACCAUUUUUGUCGAGGGCAACCCAUUCACGCAGAAGGGCCUAGGAGACACCAAAUCGCUGAGAGGCUCCGCAGAAAAGCAUCGGAGAUUUCCAAUGUCUGGUCCCAAUGGUUCUCAGCCAUUGGCAACAGUCCAACAAGACGUGAUCAAGCAAUUUAUUCUUCCUUGGACCCAAAUCCUUUGCCUUUUUGUGAGCUCGGCUUCGGAGAUGAAACAGGCGCAGGAUUUGCUCCAAGGCCCAUCCCGAAAACUGACGGUCGGCAAUCAACCUCUUCCGGAGUUGAUGCGCCUGAUGAUCAUCUUGACUCAUGACAAUCACAGUAACAAGGACGAAUCGGCCUCCGAGGUCAGAGAUAGUUUCACCCGGUCUCGUAUCACAAUCCUCGACCUCCGUAGUCGUGCUGAGCUCUCUGAUGCCGCGGCUUUCGAACCGCUGCGGUCUUUGCUCUUGGAGGAUAUCCAGGCCGUCCACGAAGACCGGAGAGCGAACGGCUUGGUGUUCUCGGCUUUUCACCUCAGAGCUCUCUGGGAUGCAAGCAUUCGAUCUCACGAGCGAAUAGAUCCAAGACAUGCCAACUUAGACUGUCUUUCGGUCGCAAGGGAAACCCGCCACGCAAGCUCUGUCAUGCUGGAUUGCCUUGCUGAGUUCCGGCGUCAGGCCGAAUCCACUGCCUGCCCCGUGGACCAAAUCGAGGAACAGGUCGCCUCGGCAUUCCUUAUGGACGCGUAUCCCCCUGAAAUGCAUUACUUUCAACCCGAAUUGGUUUUCAACGCCCUUUACCAGGCACAAUGUCUCGAUGCAUGGCGUGACGACGAACCUCGUAUUCACGCUGGAGGCGUGCUCGUUCAUUUUGUCCGCUCAUUCGCCGAAUUGGGCUGCCACAAGUCGUCCGCGAUCGUACGGCAACAAAAGAUAGCCACCUUUUACCGUCAAUGGGGCGGACUGCGAUCGACCGCAGCGUGCCUUCUCUGUAUGUGUCGCCAACCGGACUUGGAUGGCGGAGGCGUUCGAGGAAUCAUUCAGCUCGGUCUUCUGCGAGCGCUAGAAGAGCGACUUGGGGGCAUAUCGGUCGUUGAAAUCCCGGACCAGUGCACCGGAACCAGUGUUGGCGCACUGACAGAAAUGGACCUGUUCUUUAAUGGGUCGUCCGCGGGGGAAAGCUUCGCUAGGUUCCCCAGUUUGGCCCGGGGGAUCUUCAGGGCAUCUGCCGGUCGGAUGGCACCCUCAUUCCUUCGCGGUCUUAACCUCAUUAGGGGCUGUGUUCGAAUGCUAGUAGAUGGCCUGUACGACACAAGGGACCUGGAAGAUACAUUGAAGCAUGCUAUUGAUCCACAGCGUCGGAUGUUUGACGUUCCGGGUGGCGCUAGCCCAGCCGGUUGCCGGGUGGCCAUUAUCACAAGUCGAACGUCCGAUGGGAAAGCGUGUGUCCUGGCAAACUAUCGCGGCUUGGGCCAACGAGAUACCGACGCGGCAUAUGUCUUCUUAGCUCCGCAGAGCGAGGCUGAGAACCCAUUCUUGUGGGAAGCUGGCCUAUGCAGUGUCGCAGCUCCAGGUUUUUUCCGAGCAAAGUCGCUAGUAGGCUUCGGUCCCAUGCAAGACGGGGGUGUGCGUGCCAACAAUCCCCUCGCAAUCGCAUUGAAGGAAUCUACUGUUAUCUGGCCGUCGGCUAAAAAGCACGACCUUCUUCUAUCGGUGGGCACUGGAUAUUCUCUACCUGCCUCGGAGCCGACACGUGGCCCCUUCAACGCACUUCGAGAGGGCGCGCUGCCUCGAAUGAUCCGAGCGAUGAUAUCUUCGCCAUGCAUGGACGGCCGCCAAGGAUAUCACGAAGCGCUCAACUACAUCCCUGAACUCGCUAGUUGGGAUAUUUUCCGGUUGGAUCACGGUCUUCGUGGAUCUCUGCCUCGACUUGACGACAUUGAAAAAUUGACGGAGAUGUCUGACAUCCCGUUUGGAGUUCCUGAUACACUUGUUAGGGCCAUCCUGGCGACCGCAUUCUUCUUUUUUGAGCUGGAUGACAUCCCAGUCAAGGGUCAUGGGGGAUACUUCUGCCGUGGAUCGAUCCUGUGCUCGAGGGAAAACACGCCGACUAUUGUCAAGGGUGUCUUGGCAGAGUUUCCGGGGGCGAGAUUUCGCACCGCCCAGGAUUACCACCUCGGUCCAGUUGGCGAGCACGAUGGCUGCAGCGAUUGUGGGUACUAUCGAAAGAAAGUGACGUUCUCCGUCGGCAGCCUACAAGAGGAAUUCACGAUUCAAAUAUGCGGCAACACAUCUAGUCAAAGGAUUGGAGGUUUUCCAAAGUCUGUGCAACAGCUUACCCAUGAGCAGCAAGCAUACGCUCACUUUGGUCGUGCGGAUCACGUGAGCGCUGCUUGGCCACCCAAGAGGUCCUGCCAUUGCUUUCAGGGGAGCAAGAGGAACGUCCGCUUUGUGGAACCAGGUUUAGAGUAUAAGAAGCGUCGUUUAUAA